AUGACUAGUAUAGACGAAAAUGCUGCCACAGGAAAACCCAAUUCCGGCCGCACUGCCUGUACAGAAUGUGCGCGUCGUAAACAAAAGGCAAGCACCAAGCAGUCCAGAUUCCAUCGAUUAGCAGCGUGGCUAAUUUCAACACCAGUGCGACCGUCCCUCGAACGCCAGAGUCCACGUCAAGAGAAACGCCCAAUUGAUGUUGGAAUUCACGGGGAAUCGAUGGAGGACGAGUCUGGUGAUGAAGUUGAUGAGGCACAAAUGCUUCAAGUCAUGGGGUAUGGCUCGGAAUCCUUUUUCAACAAGAUAUACAUUCAUACGCAGCACGUGCUGGAUGUACUCCCUACUCGGUCAUUUAUGGAUACCCUUGUUAAAAGCUUCUUCGACAAUGUCAACUUCCACUAUUACAUCAUCUACCCCUCGUCCUUCCUGGACGAAUACCAGGGCUGGUGGAAUGAUCGGAUCUCAGGGAAUCCCAUCAAGUUACAAUGGACGUGUCUUCUCACUAUAGUUUGCGCAUGCUCCGCUCAAUAUCUAAGUACCGAGCUACAAGGAAAGCUUGAGCAGGAAUUGGGUGUCAGGAUCCAAACGCUCACGGAGCGGUACCACCAUGCUUCUAGCGAGCUUUACAGCAUCAUUCCACCCAGAGAAAGUCACUUGCAUGGUGUACAAUACUUACUACACUCAUGUUACUGGUACAAGUCUGAAGCCCGGUUCACGGAGUGUUGGUACAGCUUAUCCGCCGCUAUUCGGGUAGCCCAGGAAAUUGGUAUCCAUCAAGAAGCUUCCAUGCUCGACAUCUCUAACUUUGAGCGCGAGAUGUACCGACGAGUUUGGUUUGUGCUUGAUACAUGGGAUUGGCAAAUGUCUGCCCUACUUUCGAGACCUCUGAUGAUAGACCGAACCUAUUGCAAGGUCGGUCUGCCCGAGCUGAACCUUGAAGGCACCACCCCGUCACCGAUGCUACACCUGAAAUUACAGUCGGAGCUUAUUAGAAGGCUUUUUAACCGAUUUGGGCCUACCAGAAAUGUCGUUGAGCCUGUCGACAUUCAAGAGUAUCAGAAAAUGUUGGAAGUCUGGAUGACGAAGUUUCCACCGAUAUUUGACCUUGAUAAUCCGGAUUACGACCAGGACGCCCUUUGCCCAUGGAUUUCGCUACACCGCCAUUACAUUCAGACAAUGGGAUAUUCCAUGAUUCUGGAUCCAUUUCGCCUUCAUUUAGCUAAAUCCAUCGAUACCAAAACCGCAACGAAAGCUGAGGUCCAAAUACGAUCAGACGGCAUCGACUACGCUUUGAAGUUGAUGACUACUCUCCGUGGGUUCUUCAACCACGUUUGGCCUCGUGAUGCCAAGUUUCACUUUGUUAUAUUCUCUAUUUUUGACACAUCGGCCUUAUUCUCGAGCAUUCUAGUCCACGACAAAGAUGGCUCAGCCCCCAAGCGUCAAGAAAUGUUGGACUCAUUCGACAUGGCUCUAGACAUGAUCAAGCAUUUAAGGGCAGUUGCUCCAAACUUUCAACUUUACUAUAAGAUCCUCCGUCGGCUACGCCUCAAGGCUGCGGGGAAGUUCUCUACGAUCCCAGGAGUCCCUGAACCGCCACGCAAGUGUCUGAAAACUGCUGCUUCGAAAUCGACAUCGCUGCUGCCGGAUAUUCAUGUCACACCAAGCACCCUCUCUGCUGUUGGUUGCCACGCUGAAUGCGAUACAGCCUCAAUCGCCCGACUAUCAAACGCUGGCCUUGACCAUAAUCUACGAGUUCAACCAAAUCAUGGCUUCCAACGCCGCCACCCUUCUCAUGACACGGAUUUAGUUCAAGAAACAUCUACAGUUGUUCAACCACCCAUAGCCCAGUCCAGCAUGAAUAAGGAUUUCCAAUCCCUAUCGAGGCUUGAAAGUGGGAGCUCAGAGCAAACUAUGUUUGCAUCUAUAUCCGAGGAGGAACUUGGAAACCUAGCCGAAUUGUGGAGGUGGAAAGAUUUGGACUUGGGCAUUAUCGACCGAUUGAACCCAUGA